GAGAGAGAGAGAGAGAGAGAGAGAGAGAGAGAGAGAGAGAUGGUGAAGAAUAAGGGGGUGAGAGAGAGGGGAGGGAACUAUAAGAAAAAUAAUGGGGCGGCGAUGGUGAACAGAGGGGCAUGGACUGCUGAGGAAGACCAGAAGCUGGUGGAGUAUGUUAUGCUCCACGGUGACAAGAAGUGGAGAACUCUCCCUGCCAAAGCUGGGUUGAAUAGAUGCGGGAAGAGUUGCAGAUUGAGAUGGCUCAACUAUCUGAGGCCCGGAAUCAAGAGGGGAAACAUUUCGGAAGACGAAGAGGAUCUCAUCAUCCGCCUCCACAACCUCCUAGGCAACAGGUGGUCGCUAAUCGCCGGGAGAUUACCGGGCCGAACAGACAAUGAAAUAAAGAACCAUUGGAAUACUCACUUGAGCAAAAGGUCACUAACAAUCGACGACCUAAACCUCAAGUUGAAUCAUAACCUUGGGCUUAGCCAUAUGCACCGCGAUUCGAGCCAGGGCUUUGCAGCUGCCCAGCUGAGGGGCAAUAUCGCGGAAUGGCUCACAACCAAUGAUUUCGAGCCGGCAAACCUGUCAUCUGAGUUGCCCAAGUUCGAGUUCGAUUUCGAAACGCUCUUUGACUUCAUGCCGCGGACAUGUGACAACCAGAACGUUGGCGGCGGCGGCGGCGGCAGCAGCAGCGAGCUAGGAGUGAAAGAUUACGCCAUCAUAGGCCACGAUGGUUAUAUGAUUAAUGAAGAUGAUGGAGAUGGAUUUUUCAAUCUAAACCAUUUUGGUGAUCCGCCGCAGAUUGGUGCACUGGACCAGCUUACUAAUUUUCAGGAUUAUGUGCUCUAUUAUUUAGAAUAAAUGUACGUACACUGUCCCUAUUAAGCUAAACAAUUUAUUAUAUAAAUGUAUAUCAUAAAAUUGCUUUUGUUUCUUUCUAAUUCAUCGGUGUAAUUUACUUGUUCUAAUCUUCAAAACCAGUUUGAAUUGAGAAA